GGCCCGCGGGCCCAAACGUAUAUAAGGCAGCGUGCCCAGAGCCACAGAGCCGUCGGAGCAGCAGCGCUGCGCGCCCCGCGCCGCAAGCGCUUGGCUGCCUUGUUGGCUACUGCCGCUCUGUGCCUGCCAUUCGCGUCCCCACUGCACCGCAGUCUCCGCGCCACCUUUAUAGCCGCGCCUCACGACCUCUCCCGAGGUGCCAUGUGGAGAACGCAGAACGGACGUGCGGUGGCCCGAGCCCUGGUCCUGGCCACUCUGUGGUUGGCGGUGGCUGGGCGUCCCCUGGUUCGGCGAUCCCUGGCUCUGUCUGAUGAAGGGCCACUCAUUCUCUACGGCUGGGACAAGAGCACGCGCCUGCAGCACCUGUACGCCGCUGGUCCCCACCUCUCCAACUGCUUCCUGAAUAUCCGGAAUGACGGCUCCGUGGACUGCGAGGACGAACAAAACGAACGAAGUUUGCUAGAGUUCCGCGCGGUCGCUCUGAAGACGAUUGCCAUCAAGGAUGUCAGCAGCGUGCGGUACCUCUGCAUGAGCGCUGACGGCAAGAUACGGGGGCUGAUUCGUUACUCGGCCGAAGACUGCACCUUCACGGAGGAAAUGGACUGUUUAGGCUACAACCAGUACAAAUCCCCGAAGCACCACCUCCAUAUCAUCCUCAUCAGGUCCAAAUACAGGCAACAGCUCCAGAACAAAGGACCCUCAAAAUUUAUCCCCAUGUUCCCCCGGUCCUUCCUGGAAGCCAGGGACCAGCUGGAGUCUAAACUGUUUUCUCUGCCUCUGGAUCCCGACAGCAUGGAUCCAUUCGGGAUGGUGGAGGACAUGGAGAUGAAGAGUCCCAGCUUCCAGAAGUGACGCGGUUCUCACAGGAUGAAGAAAACCCUAGUGUCCCACGAACUUCCCCUUUAGGAAGAUGCGCUAGAGGCUGUACAUAUUCUAAGUCUCACAGUGACCAUGUGUGGUUUUAGUGGCUAGACUUGAUCAUGAACCAAAAUUGACCACCUGCUGUUGCGGUACCGAUACCCGUGACUUAGUGUGGCUGCCGACCUGUGGCUAGGUUACUCCAGUUCUGUUUGAAUACCUCAACUAAUGGGGAACUCGCUCCUGCGAAACAUUCUUAUUUUUGAGCCAAAUCUAUGUAAUUUGGACAUUUCCAGUAGGGCAGCCAGAAGAUGCGAAGUCAUUUAAAAUCCAUGUGCAGGAGGUGGGCUCUGAAGUGUGUGUUGACUGACUGGACCUUGUGGGGUCUCAACUUGCCCCCAAGUGCCCCCCCCCCCGCUAGAACCGACAGGGGUCACAAACUUGGGACAAAGGGCAGCCAGGAAAACCUUGGGAGCCUCGAAGGGUGGUUUGGGGAUUAAGAAUUCCAGCUGACCACUUAAUUGCCCUUUCCCCCACAUCUAGAUGUCAGAUGGAAGUGACCCUCAGCCAGGCUCAGGCGUGGACUCAGCUGAGUGGGUAGUAAAGCUGCCAUUUGCGCCCCAGCAGCUAAACUUGGUCACGUGCCUCCGGAUUUCCAGGGCCUGGAUCUGCCCAGGUCACUUCCCCUUCUCAGAGCUCACCUGGGCUCUCCAAGCCCAGAGCACCGAGCUCAUGGGCCACCCACUUGUGCCCUCCUGCCCCCAGCUCCUGGCUCUUACCCCUGGUCACCAAGCAUUGUGUGGCUCAGUGUGACCUCCGCUGCCUGUGUCAACCUGCACCCCUCAUUUGCAAAUGAACAACAAGAUUAGGAAGCCCUCAAUUUUCCAGCGACUGCAGGGGGGAUGUGGAAUCCUUUCCACAGCACUUACUUGGCAGCGUUGAUAUUUAUAAGUAAUUUAUUUUGUAUACAUCUCUUAUUUUCUUACUUUAUUUAUGCCCCAGAUCGUAUUUAUG